GCCAUUGAGAUGCUCUUUUGGUGUUAUUUCUGAGAGUGUAGUUAUUGUUCAUAUAUUGUCUGUGAAUGGUACCGAUUAAAAGUAAAAUUAAUUUCGCGAGAAGUUUAGACUCACAUUUUGAGCGUAAGGACUUCUGUCUCCAACACUUCUAAAUUAGUGAUACACCACAAGACGAACUAUAUGUAGCUUAAAAACGACGGUUAACUGUUCCUACAAAUAAGUUAUCUGCCUUUCAAAACAGGUGGAAAAAUAAUUAAUGAACAAAGAUUAAAAAAGGAUACCACGUAUCAGCCGCGGAGGGAUACUAAGUUCUUUCCCAAUAUGUUGUUGUUAAUGGGUAGCGUGAUUGGUUGUGAGUCGUAGUGGUUUUGUUGUGGGUGUGAAUGAUGGCUGAAAGUAGUUUCAGCCUGUACAAUGAAAAGUAUUUCAAAAAUGACCUUCGACUGUAACGCGGAAAUUACAAUUACUGUUACAUAAGUUUUCAAACGCUGAAGCAAUGACGUCUUCCUGUGUUUAUACCAUGUUACAAGCAGCUAUCUUGGCUUACCUGCACAUCGCAGUUACCAAUGGGCUCGAAUGCUAUUGUGACAUUUGUCUUGAGACUGACUACAAAUGUAUAACAGAUGGCUACUGCUUUACGUCUAUCUUCAUGGAUAAAAAUACAGGGUCCACGGAAUUACAGUACAGGUGCCUGGAUAGUAAUUUUCCUCCUGAAAAUCCCAUCGCUUGUCAUUACUCCAACAAACUUAAUGACACUUUUGUCGUAGAAUGUUGUAAGCAAUCUGAUAUGUGUAACAGAGAUUUGAAACCAACUCUCAAUAACAACAAAGAAACAGCAGACCAACACGUACUUCGAGGACCUGUGAUGGGAAAGUGGGAACUAGCAAUAGUAAUUGCAGGCCCAAUUGUAAUAUUCUGUUUUCUAUCAGUAAUGGCCUACUGUUUCUGGAAUCACCAGAAGCGGAGACUGCAUCAACUUAGGUAUCAUCCAGAUGAUUCAAUUGAAGCUCCCGAUCAUCCUAUUCUGGGAGGUGUAUCGUUGAGAGAUAUGAUUGAGAUGACCACUAGUGGUUCUGGUUCCGGUCUGCCUCUUCUUGUCCAACGCAGUAUAGCAAGACAGAUUCAGCUGGUUGAAAUUAUCGGUAAAGGACGCUUUGGGGAAGUGUGGAGGGGUCGAUGGCGGGGAGAAAAUGUUGCAGUAAAAAUUUUUUCAUCUCGGGAGGAAAGGUCAUGGUUUCGGGAAGCAGAAAUUUAUCAGACAGUUAUGCUGAGACAUGACAAUAUUUUGGGUUUCAUAGCAGCAGACAAUAAAGACAAUGGAACAUGGACACAGCUGUGGCUCAUAACAGAUUAUCAUGAAAAUGGCUCCCUUUUUGACUACUUGAAUAGGUGCACUGUGGACACAGCUGGCAUGAUCCGAAUGUCCCUUUCCAUAGCAACAGGUCUAGCUCACUUGCAUAUGGACAUUGUCGGAACACAAGGGAAACCUGCUAUAGCACAUCGAGAUCUCAAAACUAAAAAUAUCCUAGUAAAAUCCAAUGGAACUUGUGCUAUAGGAGACUUAGGUCUCGCUGUUAGACAUGAUGUUGCCACAGAUACUGUGGAUAUACCCCUUAACAACCGUGUUGGCACGAAACGCUACAUGGCACCUGAGGUACUUGAUGAACUAAUAAAUACAAACCAUUUUGAUUCCUUCAAACGAGCUGAUGUCUAUGCUUUGGGGCUGAUAUUCUGGGAAAUAGCAAGGAGGUGUAAUGUUGGGGGCAUCUAUGAUGAAUAUCAGUUGCCAUUUUAUGACAUGGUACCUUCAGACCCAACUAUCGAAGAAAUGAGGAAGGUUGUAUGCAUUGAUCGACAAAGGCCGUCCAUACCAAACAGAUGGCAGUCAAAUGAGGCAUUGCAUGUCAUGUCAAAACUUAUGAAAGAAUGUUGGUAUCACAACGCAGCUGCUCGCCUGACUGCCUUGCGGAUCAAAAAAACUCUUGCCAAUCUUGGUGUGUCUGAAGAUCUCAAAAUUUAGGUCUUGUUACAAAUCAGUAUGUCUCAAGGCAAACUUUUAUAUGUUUAAUGUGUGGAGUGUGUCACAUUGCUCUUGCUCAGAGGAGCGCCCUUCUAAAAGCAGCUUCAACAAUUUUACAAAUGACCAUAUUUCCGCUAGUCAUUUUUUUAUAUACAUGUAAACUUGAUGAACUUUGUGUCAUCAGAAGAUGAUGUAGUGAAUGAUUCUUUUUAGCCCUUCAACAAGUUUUGUUACAAUUUAUUUAAGACAUGUUUUUUUCAUAUAGUGUUUUACCUGUGAGUGCAUAGAAUUAUAAAAAUGUAGUUUUACUUUUGCGCAGUGAUAUUUUCCACUGUAUCAUAAUUCCAGCACUAUGGAGUUUGAAAGUUCAUCUCAAGGACAUCGCAACCAACUCUAGAGUAAUAAUUGUUUAUGAUAAUUUUAGUAGCUUAUCAUGUGAGAUUAAUUAGGAAACCUAAGUGUCUUGAUGUUUUGUUUGCUGUGUCACAUACUGUCUUAUUGUUUAAAUGGUGCUAUUUCUCUAUUACACAUUAUCAGCCGACUGGUAAUAUUUCCUCUAGUUGCAUCAAUUUAUGUUAUGAAAAAGUGGCGUUUUCGUGCCUGUCAAGACAUACGGUAGAAAUCAGAGCAAGUGAUUAGUACUGUUACAAAACGGACAAACACAUAAAAUGGAGCCAGUCACAAGUAUAAUGUUGCCUUCUUUCAACAAAGUGCGAUUAAUAAUAUGUUAAAUUAUGAUGAAAUUGUAUUGAGAAACUCAGUCUGUUAUCAUGCAAUACCAAACCAAAAUUAGGAAAAAACUAGUAUUUCAGGAGAAAGGAAUAUUAAUAAAGACAAUAUGUCUGUAGGGAAAUACUGAUAUUUUUUAAAAUCAUGUUUCCAGACUAGCUGUUUUAUCAGGUUUUACAUUUUGUAUAAAUUUUGUCAGAGUUUUUCUAUUUAUGAAACUGAAGCAGAUGUAAUAACAAUUUUGUACAGUCCUUAGACAUGAGUUUUCUGUGCCACGUGUAUGUAAAUAUAACCAGAGAUGUUUUGCAUUGGAAUUGUUAAUAGAAAUCUGGCCAAUUUGGUCAGAAAAUAUUAGCCACAAAUUUAUUUACCAAUUGUGCACACCUAUAUAGUUGAUGAAAUGAUGUUGAAGGGCUAUGAAAGAAACAUUCAUUUCCAAAAUUAUAGAAAUGAAGUAAGAAAUAUUUUUUUCAGUGUAAAACAAAAUGUCAACGUACAGUUUGGAUAUAAAUUAAGUAUAUAAGGCAGCUAGAAACAGUACUAGAACAUUUGGCUAUACUACAGUGGUAACAGUAUCAUUGUAAUACAUAUUUUAUUCCUCAUCCUCCUAAGUAAGAAUCUCACUGCAACUCAGAGUAGUCAAAUCAAAUCUUGCAAUUGGGCACAAAAAACUUAAAACCCCAUGUAUAAAGUUAACAUUUGGUCGGCUGGGAUAUUUAGUGUGUAAUGCAUCAUGAUAAAUGUUUGCAAUUCACUUCCACUAUAUCACUCUCAGUAGUUACGGUAGCAUACAGAGAGACCAUAGAGACUCAGUUCCAAAGAGAUCAUUGACACUAUUAAUUAUAAUAAUUUUGGUGAUUUUUGUAAAAAUACAAAUUUUUAUAUUUGAGAUAAUUCCUUUUAUUAUUUAUCAGAAAGAGUUUGUGACAUUUUUGUCUACUGUUGGAACUUCAGUUUGUCAUGAGUAAUUGUGGCUUGUGGGAGAAGGAGACAAACGAGAUCAAUUUAAUUAAUAACUAUUUGUCUCAUAUAGUGGGCAGCCUGGAUGUGAUCUUAUGUGAUAUCCCACACCAGUCUAGGCAAAUACUGAGGCAGUUCACCAUCUCCACUCAGAAAGAUUGCACAACCGUUAAAACAUGAAAAGACACAACAGUUAUCUGAUUCACAGACAGAAUGGCAUUGUGUUAAAUCUUAGUAAAACAUGUUAGCAAGAUAACAUGAGAGCUUCUUAUGGAGCAAUAACAAAUCCUAAAUUCAUAGAAAUUAAAUAAAUGAUGUGAAUUGUGCACCGCUAAAUGCUGGAGAAACAUUGUUCAGUCCAAUAGCCUUUGUAGAAAUACAAGCUACAUCCUUACAAUGAGCUGUAAGACAAAAAUGCUGAAAAUAUGUUUUUCUGUCUAUUGAUCACCUCUUGUAUAUAGUAUAUGACAUAAAGGUUCACUAAACAAUCCAAAAAAAUUUGGAUGACAUUUCAGACUGAAUUCUUUUGGGGGCUAAAGAGCACAUUGUAGAUUUGUAUGCUGAAGCAGUAGUUGUGCAACUGAAGAGUUUUCAUUUUGUUGUUUCUGUUCUGAAAUUUAUAUUGCUAGUGUGUGGCAUAUGUUUUAUAGGGAAAAAAAUAAACUCUAAACCGCUGUUUAUAGAUGCAGAGGUGAGUGAAUUUCCAUACAUUGUCACUGGGAAAUAGUCUGCUCCACAGAUAUUUUGACCAAAGGAGUAAAACUUUUAAAGUACCAGGACCAAGUGGGGCAGGUUGUCAGUCACAGUGCGACUUUGAUUUUGUUCUUCCUAUUCAUCACAGACCUUGGACCCAAAAGCCUUUUUAGUGUCUUCUGUUCAGGAAAAUGUAAUUCCUUCCUUUCUGUCCAGUGCUUCAUAUCCUGCUAGUGCCUGGUAUGGACUGGUAUUUUAUGUCUCCAAUCUCACAAAGAACCAACGAUACCUUUAUAUAGGCUAUUAUUACUUAAUUAUAAGAGGGUCACCUCUCCCAAAGGCACCCUCCCUCCCCCCCCCCCCCCCCCCCCUCCUCCGCCAGGAGGAAUCUGUGUACCCCUUCUGCCUGCAUCUGUUGUUCACUUAAUGGUUAAAUGAGAGAUCAUUUUCCAAGGUUUUUAUGUAUUAUGUAUCUGAGGCGGGACAUGGGAACCAGCCCAGCAAUUUCCUUGGUAGAUGUGGAAAAUCACUGCAAAAUCACAUCCAGACUGGCUGGCACAUCAGCCUCCAUCAUUAAUCUGCAAGGUGAUUUGAUCCAGGGCCAGUACCCCUCCCAAUAUCCCAGAAGAAGGUGCUUUAACACAGUUUACUAUCCAGGCAUUGGGAAAAAAUGGGGUAAAUGCAGUUCCAUUUCUAAUAAAGGUUCUGAUGUGAACAUACAGUUCUGGUAAACAACAUGAGAACUGAUUGAAUAACUAUGUUGACUAUAAUAGAAAUUAGUUACUGUUGCCACCAUAAAGCAUUGAAGGUAGGCUAAAUACUCUGAAUGAGAGCUGUUUAAGCCACCCAAUUAAAAAGAAAAAAAGGAAAUUCUGCAAAGUGUAUUGGAAUAUCAAAAUACAGUGAGAGCCACCAGCCUCAGUAUAGCAAGGUUAGUAUGACUAUUUAGUGUCAUUUGGUAUAUACCAACCAAUGUGGAACUGAAGGCACAAAUGUAAGAUGUAUAGCAUACUGGAUAAUAUUAUAUUUUGUGAAAAACAGAAGUGAGCUUUCUUCACCAGAUGACAGUAUUAGAAACCCAGGAAAUUGAGUAAGAGAUAAAACACAUCAGCUUUCAGUUUAAUUAAAACUGCUGAAACUGAAAUGUCCACAACCACUUUUCUGAGCCAUAUCUACCAGUAAGUAUAUUUACAAUGCAUCACAAUGUUAGAUCUUUGACAAUGCAUUUUCAUGGAAAGAAUAAUAUACAUGAGGUGUUUACAAGCAAAAGUGCUUUUUUGUAAUGCUGUGUAUGCUGCUUUUAGCUCAUAUGCCUGUUGAAACAGGCAGAUAUUUUGCAAUCUUAAAAUAUGUAGAACAGUGAUUCGUAACACGUCUUACGUAACUGACCAUGAAAUAUUUUGCAAAAACAAAACAAAGAGCAUGUUUUGAAUUAUGUCUCUUUAGUUUAAAAAAUAAGUGAAAUGAGAGAGACUAGAAACUGGAACAUACCCCAUUAAAAUAAUUAUUAAGUAAUGUUAAGACGUGCUUAUUUGGUAUACAUUUUUAUGUACUCCAAACCAAUCAUUUUUAUGUACAGAAAAUAAUCUUGUGUUACUUAAAUUUCAAGCUUUUUCCAUUGCUUCUCUACAUAAAUGUGUGCUGUGUUACACUGUUGUUCGUUUUCCCCUGUGAGGAGGGGAACUACUUUAUGAGUUUCACAUAGUGAUGCUGUUUUUGCUGUCUCUUUCUUUAUAAAAAUGGUUAUUUAUUUUUGUAAUUUUUAUGCAAAUAUGAAGUUUUUCCUGUCACAUAUAUUCGGAGCUAAUGGAUGUAUCAUCUGUACUAUGUUUUCUAUUAGCUAUAUCUGCAAAAAGUUAACUUCUUUUGAUGUAGUAACUUGGGUUAAUAUUUGUUAAUCCAGUAACUUGGGUUGAUAUUAGUUAUGUCAGCAAAGCUUCAUUUCACCAUUAUGUUAUCUUCUUCUAAAUGAAAGAAAUAACCAGUUUUCUCUAUCCAAUUAAAUAACAGUUUUCUCUUCUGGAAUACAUGUCAGAUCAACACUUCGGACAAACCAUUUACCCAUUCUCCUGUUUCUUGUUUGUGUUUAACUCAUGAAAACAAUUGAUGUUUUCAGUAAGAGUUGUGGGGUGUGAGCUUACAGUAUUUACUUUUGUUCCUUGCUAGAUCCACAUACAUUACAUGCAAUCUUUUAACUAUAUACUGUAAAAAAAGUUGUGAAUUUUGCAAUUUUUUUAAUGUAAUGAACUGAAGUUCAGAUAGUGGUAAUCAUAUGUUGGAAAAACUAAUUCGUGGCCUUCAGUGAGCUUAAUCAACAGUUUUGAUAGGAAAAAAUUACAGUCAUAAUUUAUAUUCAACAUAACUUUUAAAUAUAAUUGAUCUUGACUACUCUGAGAUGCACUUCACUGAACCUUAGAAAAAACAUUUUUUCCUAUGAUUUUGUCAGAAAGCUGUCACAGAUGGCUGUUACAAUGUGUACUGUCCUCAUUAUGGAGUGUGCACCAGGUUUAUUCCUCGCAUUUUCUCAGUUAUUUAUUUCUUACUGACAUGUAAUGCAGUAUACCUCAUAUCCUUUUUAUUAUUUUAUUUAUUGUGUACAUAUUUAAAGUGUAAAUGCAUUUAUAUGUUAGUUUCAGCUCACUUAAAUGUAAUAAACUGUUUUUAAUUAGGAAGUUCUUAGCUUCAUUGCACAUGUUAUAACUUCGUGCUGUGUGUGAGUUACUUCUUUUUAUGUAAAUGAUUCCCGUACUGUUUGUAUGACCCUACAGAGAAUUAUAGUUUCAUUAUUUAGUAUAUGAUUUAAGUAUGUUACAGUAACUCGUGUAUUCCUUCUGAUCAGCUGUGCAGCUGAGAAAUAUUUUAGUAACUAAGGGCUAAGUUUGUCCACAGUGCAUGGAGUAUAAUGUAUCAUUUCUUUUCUUUGUUGCAAGGUAUUUACAGAGGUCUUUUAUAUGCUGCAGAGACAAAUGGAGCUGUGUAUUGUUAUAAUAUUGUGACUUUUUUUAAACUUUCUAAUGUUGAAUUAUAUACAGAAAUCAGAAUGAUUUGUUUCUUAUUGCUAACACAUUUAUUGAGAAGAGGCUCACAACUGCUGUGUGGUAUUAAAAUUAGCUUUUUCAUUUCCUCCAUUUCAUUUUCAUUUUUUAAUAAUGAUUAGAACUGUAGCAGUGUAGAGUAAUGGCAAAUUUUAAUACCAUACAGCACCUGUCGCUAUCAGCAAUAGUGUAGCUGGUGCAAAACCAAGCAGUGAGAGGCAGUUUUACUAUGUUGAACCUGAAACUAAAAUGACUGAAAGUAAUAAUCAUUACAGUUGUGCAACUGAGACAAUGGAAAAUAAAGGGUAAUUUUAAGAUUUUUGAUUUAUAAUGAAAGAGUUUCAUAUUGAUAUUAUUUAUAGAUGUGUUUUAAAUUUUGUCACGCUUAGUGUUGAUGUUUAAUGAAGUUUUGUCACAACAUUUGCAAAUAAUAGUGAUUGCUUUGUUAAUUUUUUAGGCCAAUUCAAGACAUUGCUAGUAUUACUUCAAGUGUUUCACUAAGCUUGUGGGGAAGUAUAACAAGUACUCCUCUGGAGCUCUGCAGAUUUGAGGCAAAAUCUCUCUCUCUCCUCCUCCUCCUCCUCCUCCUCCUCCUCUCUCUCUCUCUCUCUCUCUCUCCUCCUCCUCCUCCUCCUCCUCCUCCUCCUCUCCCAAGAAACACAAACAUUCUUUAUACUGGUACUAUAGUAUAUGUAUUUUAUACCAUUAAUCUUUUGACAUUGUAUUCAUAUCAUAAAAUGUCCUGGGAACAUAGAUGACAGGACAAGACAAGUUGCAUAGGUUGAAGUAAACAUUGUUUACAGUGUGAAGGAAAGAGACCAAUUUUCAUAAAGCUGCACUGUGCAAACUUAUGGGGAAAAUAUUCCCAGAGUUGAGAUUUCAUGUUCAUCUUCGUAUUUUAGUUCUACUUUCACAUUUUAUGAUAUGCCUGAAGACAUAGAUUACUGGGUGUAGAUGACUGAAAGACUUACACAGCAGCAUUUACAUCAAAGUUGCCAUUGUAUCUGAUAAUGGGGUGCAUGGAAAAAAAACUUAUGGAUGCCUUAAUUUGAAUAUGCAGCAUACAGAUGUAUUGACAGUCAUAAAAGCUUGCUGUUUCAAGAAUGUUGGGUGAAUUUUGUGGAGCAUCGUGUGUUCUGUGUUGGUAAUGAUACUGGUGAGAGUGCUGGAGAUUGAGAGUGAAGAAGAGAAGAGGAAAAUAAAAAGGAGAAGUACAAAUGCCAGGGAACUCCACUGACAAAAAGAAAAACAAAGAAGACCAAUUUAGGGGUCAGAUGAAAGGCAAAACUGAGCUGCAUAAUGGAUAUUAGGAAAGCAAAUUUAAGGAAACCACCAUGUUAGCUAUCCUCCAUUUUUGGUCCUUAAGUUGUUUCUCUUACACACUUCUUUCAUCCACCCAACUCUUUUUCCCGCAGUCUUAGAGCCAUCCCUUUCAUUUAUUGUUUCCUGCACAGUGGCCUUGUUUUACCUCUCCUGUAGUAUUUUACUAUCAACUAAACUUUUCCCAUUGCCAGAAAAUGAUUAUUACAUAUUUUGGAUAUCACAACAAUCACACAUUAAUGCUGUGAAAGAUAAUCAGUUAAGUCUUUUAGUAUUUGACAUAGCAAAUUAAUGCAGUACCUUUUAAUCCUGUCCAGUAUAGCUGAUUGUCAGACCAAAAAAAAAAAAAAAAACAUGGAUGAGAGUGGGCAUGUGCUGUUCACAGCAAUUCAAAUUAUGAUGACAUUAUAGGCCUACUUUAAAUCUGGUCUCUAGCCUUGAUUUGCUCUAAGACUAUAGACACUAUGGUAAAUAGUUUUCUAUAGUUUAAUGUCAAUGUGUGACAUACUUGACUGGACAAAUGUAAUCUAUCAAUUAAAGAAAUUUCCAAAUUUUCACACUGCCUAUUUGGAUGAGGGAUUUGUUUCCAAGUGCAGUUUAGCACACUCUUUCACCUUAAUGUUUUAUUUUAGUUGAGUAAUAGUAAAAGUGAUGUUCGCUAUUCCUUCUGACUGGUGCAUUUCUGGACAUCUAUUCGACAAGAGAAAACCACAAAAUAAAAAUAAAGUUUUUUUGUUUGUCCUUCAUUUACAUACUAGAAUGUUUGCUCUGCUUCUGUGUUCUUGCAUUGUGCCAAAAUAUAUGAAUGCACAUAAGAAGUAUGUGACUGCAGGCAGAAAAAUUAGAAAAAUUUGCAAGUUUUGUUGCAAAAUAUAAUUCCUUUACAUUUUGUGCAACAGAUAUUUGUAUGAUAGAACAAAAGAUAAAGGCUUAAAUUUUCUAGCUGCCUGAAUAUAGUCUUUGAAUAUAAGGCCUCUACAUGUUUUGUGAAACCGGUAAUCAUAAUAACAGUUAUAAUUUUGUGUGGCUCCAAGGCCUGGUAAAAUCAGUAAAUUGCAUAAGAGAAUACUUUUUUAUGUUUGCGCAUUGUGUCUUUUUUUAAAAAAAGUUGGUUCUUCAUUUAUAUACCCAUUUGACCAGCAGCCAUUUUAGCCACAUUUUUUGUGUGAAAAUAAUUAUUUUAGAUCACAAUGGAAUUACAGUAUGAAAAAUGGAGGUCUGCUGCUGUUUGUGGCUAACGUUUUGUGUGAACUACAUAAGAACAAUAAAAGCACAGCAGGAGGAAAAAGUGUGUGCUAGUAACAAUGUCGUGUAUUGAAGCAUAAUUUGUUGUUGUCACAUUAUGAGCAUUUCGCUUUUUUUAUAAGAGGCAUUCAGUACAAAUCUUAUAUUAGGCACUUGUAGAAUCAUUCACUUUAAAACUGUGUCACUUGAUCACAAAAAUAGGUAAACAUUUCAUCAUGCUCAGAAAUAACAAGAAAAUGUUAUGAAACUAUGUAGUAAUAGGCUGUGUUUGGUGAGUUUAUUUUUAAUCAGUAGUCAAUAGAUCAUCAAUGAAGAAAGGACAAACAAGCUGUAUCCUAAAUAAGAAAAGAUUUAGAGUAGAAAAUGAAUGGAAAAAAUACAGAGUGAAUAUAGAACUCUUAUUCCUAUGGUGUAACUGUGAAUUAUAUAUUAAAGAAGAGCUUCUUUAUGGAAAAUUGUCUACAAUAUGAAGCUACAGUGAAACAAAUAAAAAACCAACUGGCAGCAGACACAGACAAACUGCAAAACGAGAAAAGAAUCGGACAAGUUACUCUGUUGUUAGUAUUUACUUUAUGAUUUCCAUCAUAUUUUGUUAUACAGUUUUUCCCAUGACCCAAAAUCAUGGAUGACUUUGUUUCACAAUUCAUUUAUCAUGAAAGAAAACAUUUGGAAUUUUAGAAUGAGUCAAGCUUAACAAUAAAAAUCGAUAUGGCUGUUAUAAGGAAGUAAAUCUUCACUAGACUGAACUAAGAGUUUUCAGAGACUGCUAUAGACUAUUUAUUCCCUCAUGUACCAAAAUGAGCAUAGUAGAGCUGCCAAGGAAACGACUACCUACUUCAUUCCAAACACUCUUAAUUCAUGCAACUCAGAACUGUCCCUUGUCAGAUAAAGUAACUUAGUUCCAUAGAGCAUAUUGGAAUUUUUUAUUUCAACAUUUUUUUAUGUUGCAUAUAGGAAUUAGGGAGUAAUUAUAUGUUAUGCUGCUGGAAAAUUAUUUUCGACUUUUUAGUGUCUCAGCUGCAAUAAACUUAACUGCUGUACAAUAACGCUGUUUAAAUACGGUUGCUUUUCAGUCAGUUCUCAAUCCUAUUUGUGGCUGCAUUCCACUGGUAAUGGUAGCUGUUUCAGAACAGUGCUCUAGUGUUGUCCCUUAAGGCUUAUCAUCCCUGAUGGGUUACUAUUACUUCCCAUAUGCAAUAUGUCCGACCCGGUAGCUGAGUGGUCAGUGCGACAGACUGUCAAUCCAAAGGGCCCGGGUUCAAUUCCCGGCUGGGUUGGAGAUUUUCUCCACUCAGGGACUGGGUAUUGUGUUGUCCUAAUCAUCAUCAUUUCAUCCCCAUCGAUGCGCAAGUCGCCGAAGUGGCGUCAAAUCGAAAGACUUGCACCAGGCGAACGGUCUACCCGAUGGGAGGCCCUCGUCACACGAGGAUCUUGUCAGAUAAAGUAACUUAGUUCCAUAGAGCAUAUUGGAAUUUUUUAUUUCAACAUUUUUUUAUGUUGCAUAUAGGAAUUAGGGAGUAAUUAUAUGUUAUGCUGCUGGAAAAUUAUUUUCGACUUUUUAGUGUCUCAGCUGCAAUAAACUUAACUGCUGUACAAUAACGCUGUUUAAAUACGGUUGCUUUUCAGUCAGUUCUCAAUCCUAUUUGUGGCUGCAUUCCACUGGUAAUGGUAGCUGUUUCAGAACAGUGCUCUAGUGUUGUCCCUUAAGGCUUAUCAUCCCUGAUGGGUUACUAUUACUUCCCAUAUGCAAUAUGUCCGACCCGGUAGCUGAGUGGUCAGUGCGACAGACUGUCAAUCCAAAGGGCCCGGGUUCAAUUCCCGGCUGGGUUGGAGAUUUUCUCCACUCAGGGACUGGGUAUUGUGUUGUCCUAAUCAUCAUCAUUUCAUCCCCAUCGAUGCGCAAGUCGCCGAAGUGGCGUCAAAUCGAAAGACUUGCACCAGGCGAACGGUCUACCCGACGGGAGGCCCUCGUCACACGACAUUUCAUUUUAUAUACAAUAUCAUGUGUUUGAGAAAUUUUUACUUCUUUACAUUUCUCAUCAAUGCUCAGACAUCUGACUGUCCAAAAUUUACUCAGUCUGUUGAUUCUUUUUAAUUUAUUUGUGAGUGAGAUUUAGUGUUUGUACAUUAUAAUUGCUUGGUCAGCACCCUUUUACAGAUUGUAAGUGAACAACAUGCUUUUUCAUUGAGCCACUGCGACACUGUGCCUCAGUUUAUUCUAGCCAUAGUAUCAAGUUCUUACUACCUUCUUAUGAAUCACAAUGUACCUCUUCACAUACUCAACAUCCUCAUAAAUAAAACAAUUAUCCACAUUGAAGCUAAAACUAAUUGAUCCAGAUUGUAACCAAAACUAAUUGAGAUUUAAAAAAAUUGUUACUUGCCAGAUUGCAGCAGAAUUAUAGAGAGAAACAAUAUAACAGAUUCACUAACUUUCAUAAUAUGAAGUUUCUGCAACUGUCAAAAAAGACUGGAAAAGGUUUUACAGGCAAGUUGUCUGAAGACCUAAGUCAAGGGAGACACAUUGAGAACAGACCAAAUAGAGAAGCCAACAACUACACAGUGGAGAGCUAUCUGCAAGCUUUUGUACAUUUCGCUCAAUCUUCUGCUGCAUGGUUAAGGGUAAUUAUAUCUUAUGCAUAUUUUAUUCCAACAAUGCAGGAAAAGACAGAUUGCUACUUACCAUAAAGAUGACAUAUAAAGUUACAUAGAGGCACAAUUAAAAAUGCUUACACACAAGCUUUUGGCCACAUUCUUCAUCAGAAAAAGAAGGAGAAAUACACACCAUUCAUUCACACAAGCAAGCACACCUCAUGCACACGUGAUCACCAACAGUGGCAGCUCAGACCAGAGUGUUUUCUGGUCUGAGCUACAUAAAUGUCUUUCAAUUGUGCCUGUCCGCAACUUAACAUGUCAUCUUUACAGUAAAUAGCAAUCUGCCUUUCCUACAUUGUUUUUAUUCCAAAGUGGAGUUUCCAUUGUUUGAUAUGUUUUAUUCUGUUAGUCAAAUUCAUAGGCUGUUUAAUUUAUUUGAGAAAGUUGAAACAUGUUUUUUGCACUACUAGUUGGUUUCAUACUAUGGUCAUUUUCACAUGCAGAUCAGUGACCUGUGUGUCAUCAGAUUUAAAAUCAAUGUAUGUUCCACGGGAACAAGUGUUUAUUCUCACACAUAAGUCAUAUUUCCUUGUAAAUAAAUACAAUAACAUCCUGUCCUCCUAAGAGCACACAUUCCACUGCAUGCCUUAUGACUGUAAUUUGUUAUGACUUGGCUACACAUAAAGCAACACAAUAAAAUCAUAUUACAUAAAAGGAAAUAUUAUUUGUGUACAUGAACAAUUUCCUGAUCCCAUAUAACACAAUUGGUCUAAAGUAUGAGGAAACACAUGUCACCAGUGUACUGGAAAUGGUCACUGGCUGAAACUAGCUAAUAAUGAAAAAUAAAUAUUGAAGUAAAAGGUCAACUUGUUCAAUUAAAUCAAAUAGCCUACUGUUAACAAAAUGGUUAUGACUUUCAGAAAAUACAUUGAGGCCGUGCAUGCAAACAUGAGUAAACUUUUUACGUUAUUGGUUACUGAUAUAUAUGGCUUACUGCUUGUGUAAUCAAGUUCUCUAUUUUAUUUUAUUUUUUCAUUUUUAUCUGCAUAGGCACAUUUUACACAUACUUACAUCCUAAAUCUCAUAGCACAUCAUCCAAUCUUCAUUGGUGAACACCUCCAUUAUAUUGUGAUUGGUUAUCUUUGUCAUUUCACUGUCUUUAUUUUCCAACCAGGAUAUUCCAGUAUCAAAUCAAAGUAUUGAAAUAAUACUUUGCAAGAUUUACAAAAAAAUUUUGACCUGUGUUUAGUUACAUACUAUAUGUUUUUUGCACCGUGACACAAAGAAAUUCAUUCUUGCUGUAUACUACAUAUUGUGCAUUACUUCAUCCCUGUCCCACUUCUGCAUGUCAAGAGAGCUUGCAGAUACUUUAUGCCACUCUUCUUCUGGAGACAGUUUUUGUUUCAGUCAGAUUUUUAGGGGUGUUGUACACAUCUCUGUUUCACACAACUUCUCAUCCUUCCUUCUUAAGAGCCCAUAGUCCCAGUGUUGUGCAUUAAAUUUGUGUAAAAUACAUGUACCUUUAACACUAUGGAUUCAUUUCAUGUCACAUUUUACAUGCGAAAAAUACUAUAAGCUGAUAAGAGUGUUACAGUCAGUUUUGCAAUUACUUCAUUUUUCUGCUGCUUAUCGUAUAUUUAAUAGUUUAAUCUGCGCGUUAUGAUGAAAUACCUACAUACCUUAUUUUGUAUGUAUAAAAUCAAAUCUGGUGGGUGUGAUGCAUAAGAUAACUUUUACAGAUAUUGACAUCUAUUCCAUACUGUGAUGCUUUAAUCUUUUGGUCCACUUAAUAAGUCUCUCCAUCUCCUCCCCCCCCCCCCCCCCCUCCCCUCACCCCUCUAAUAUCUGAGACUGUUAUUACCAGCACUUUCUCCUGGGGGAAUAUUUCAUUUAAUGAAAAUAUUUGUUUCUGAGAAGAGGACUAUAUGCCAGCAGCAUUUGUGAGUAAAUAUAAAAUUGUGAGACAGAAUUGGUAGUCAGUACUGAACUCCAGGAGGCAAAAUUUCAGCAUGACCAACAGACACAAUUCCUUCUUUGACGAGGAGAGAGGAGCAUAGUAGGGGAGAUGAUAGAAAGGGUGAGGAGCUCACUCAGACCACAGAUUGGCUCCUUUCAUCCCCAACCUACUCCUCCCCUCUUCUCAAGGAAGGAAUUUUUGGUUCUGAAAGCUGGGAUAGUGUAUGCACUUGUAUGUGUCUGUCAGCAGUAUUGAAAUUUUGCCUCCCAAAUGUAAGUACUGUGCAGCAAUUUUGCCUCAUAAUUUUCCUUUUGAUGCAGUUUGUGGGUAAAUAUUCUCAUAUGUUUAGUUUUUUGUCAGGAUUUGUAACCUACGAAAUGACUGACAGUGUGUCCAUUCUGUUUUAUGCUAAAUGCUGAUUUUUAUUUCAUACAAUGUGUAUGUGAUUUUAUGUAAGUCAAAAUAUAGAAAAAAAUACUGAAGCCAUGUAAAAGAGCUAUAUUUUAUAAGGACUGUAACCUGUCUAACUCAGACUUAAAGUGGUACAGAAUUUCGUGUUGAAAAGAUAAAAAGGCUACAGCAAGUUAGUGGAGGGUGUAAAGAAAGAAGCAUACUUAUCUGACUUGCAUUUUAGAGUUGUCUAGAGAGUAUAGCAAACUGACAGAAAGUGACAGUCAGGCAUCUUGUCUACCUCAUUAUGUUACUCCAAGAGCACUUUUAGGAUAUCCAUUUACCGCAUUUUUUCCUCUUUCUGUUUUCACUUCAGACCAACAACUAAUGGUCCAUAAUGGUUGUUAAUCAUUGACUAAUUGCAAAUGAUGAUGUGAUCAAUAGAGACUGCAGCAGCACUGUAAUUAUAUUUUUAUUUUAUUUUUAUGCCAUGAUCACAGAAAGUUUUAAUUACUGCUUUUGGUGACUGGUUUUACAUAUAUCUAAAGCAUAGUUCUCACAAUGAUGAGCCAGUCAUGGCUUAUCUUAUCUGAUGUGAACAUCUGAAACAGUAAAUAAUAAUGCUUAAAAUUAUUUACAAUCAUGACAGAAAAUGAAACAGAAGUUUGGUAAUUGCUGAUUUCACAAGUGACUUGAGUGUGAAGUGUAGCUUCAGACAACUUAGCAAAAAUCUUGAUCUGUUUCAUAUACAUUUUCCAGUAAAAUCAUGCUAUGUAUACAUCAAAUGUAGUUAAAUGCACUGUUAAGCUUUUGUGUAGUAUAAUCCUGUCAAAAAUGAUUGGGUCAUCUCGUAAGAUGUUUUCACUAAUUGUAAAAAUGAGAAAAGGUAAAUUACUAAAAAAGAUAUAUGAAUAUUGAACUUACAUAUAUGCUGAAUGUCACUGCAUUUUUGGUUGACUGGUUAGAACAGACAUUACAUAUGGGAAAGCUGCUUCUGUGGCCUCUGUUAAUUUGUACUUCUGAAUACAGGAUUAAUAUCAGUGAUCCCUGCUCUUCAUUGUUAUCCUAUUCUGUCUCUGUCACAUUUGAGAAACUAUCUUAAAUUAAUUAUUGCCUUUGUGAGUACAAUUUCUAUAUGCUAGUUCCAAUAUCUAUGUUAUUGAUGUACACAAUCCUUAAGCAUAAUUGUUUGUGAUAUGGAUCAUUUGACCAAAAGAACCAGAACAACAUAUGAGAGAUCAUUAGUGGAGAAAUAAUUAACAGAGAAUACUAUACCAAAAUAUUUUGUGUAUUACAUGCUUAUAAGUACUCUAACAAAUACAUAACUUGCACUAUUGAUUUUGCGUCCUAGAAUCUUGCACUUCUAUUAAAGUGUGUCAGUUGCAAUUAGCUGAAUAAGAUAAUUGUUUGAUAGUGUUGUUUACUUCCUCAAACUUAAUGGAAAGGUUUAUUCUUUCUCUCAGAUCAGCAGUGCUUUGUUAAAUUUCAGGAAUAAAUAAUGCCUCACAAGUUCUGUUGUCAGUUUACUCUGUGGUUUACUGCAGCCUUAUUUCAGUGACAAGCUAAUGGCCCCUGCAUGCUGUUUUUUUGUUCAAUAUUACUGCUGCUUAAACAUAUCUAUUUGAUGCCACAACAGUAAGACACUACAAUGUAAGAAAUGUUUACAAGGUUCAGUAGUGUAGCAAAAUAAAAGUGCAGCUGUUGUUGCAUGUAAAGUAUAAGAACCUGGUUACAUUUACUAUAGACUGCAUUGCAUGUUCCGUGAACAAAGGCUACCCUCCAUAGAAGCCAAGAGAAACAAACAUCAAGUCACCCAUGCACUGCAAUUUUUAUCUGUUGAGAAAAGAUUGAUCCUCUCCUCUUUGUAUAAUUCUUUACAAAUACUCUGUAGUCUCCUAUUUCUCAAAUAAGAUAUUUUAUUACAUGUGGAACUGGUGCUAUUCAGUAACCAGCAAUCAUUGUAAGAAAAAAUUGAAACUGGAAGACUCUGUUAUAGAUGUAUGAUUCUAAAUACUUCUAUGUUCUUUUUGUAUGAUAGGCAUAUAGCAAAAGUUCAAAUUGCAUGUUGCUCAUGAAUUUCUAAACAGACAGACUUUUAUGUACAAAUGACCUCAUUAUAGUAGAAUGGUAAGGAUUGCUGUUUUUCAACUGACAUCCAUCACUUUGCAGAUGAUUAUAAUAUAUAAACAUUGUAAAAGUUUUUAACCUGUUUGUAAUACAUAGCAUACUGUAAUGUUAACAUGUGUUUCAUGUCAACUGUUUCUUUUUUGCCCCCUGUGCUAUGCUGCACAAAGUCAUUAAAACCAAUGCUAGUGAGAUGUCAUAAUUUAAUCAUGUAAUUUUAUGUUUAGACACAUGCAUUUGUAAAUAGUCUGAACCUCACACAACUAAAAUAAACUGAGUUAUUGGUACAUUCCUAGUUCUGGAUCCUUUUCUUAGGUAAUAUCAUCGUUCACUGAUUAAAAAAAGUAAAGGAUAGCUUGACAGCUGUGUUCAGUAAGAUAUCUUACUUGCAAACAGCCAAAGAGAGCAUCUUUGUUCCAAAUUUACAAGCCUUUUUAUCUUAGCCUUAAGAUGUCUCCUCCUCUGGCAGAAAUCAACUGAAAAUAUAUUUUACAUAACAACUUCAUAACAGUUUUUAUGAAUGUCAAUUUUAUCAUUAUGGUCACUCAUAAAUAUCACCACUUAAGUUAGUAUAAUUUUCUAUAAGAACAUAAGUGAUUUAGACUGUAUAACAACUUGCCAUAAGAAUUUAUAUAUCCACAUUAGAGAAUUUUAGAGAUGCUGCCUAUAUUGAAUGUUGUUUGUAGUUUGUUAGGUACUAUGUUGUAUAUCACGACACCUUUUCUUCCUCAGGAUAACAGCCGGUUCCUCUUCAAAUCAGGUCAAUGAACUGCAGGCAUAAACUGCUUUAUUCUGUCCAUUGUUGUCCAUAAUUUGUGUACAGUACAAUACUCCAUACUGUUCCACUAUUUGUGUUCAUUGUUACCUUCAUGACUGUUGGAACAAAUUUUGUUAUCUGUAUCAGUUACUGAAGAUAUCCAUUCUAUAUGGGGAAGGACUUUAUAUUUGUAUAAAUUAUCCAUAUUUGUAUGCAAAAAAUAAUAAAAAAGGCUUCUGUUUGGAAAUUUUCAUCAGAUAUAAGUGUAAUGUAUAGUUUGUAAAAGAUGUAGAAUAAUGUAAUUUUAGUUUUCUUGAAUCUAAUGUGCAAAUGUUACUGUAGUUUCUGUUUAAAUGUGUACUUUUAUAAUGAAGCCUGCUUCACACAAUGUUGUACUACUAGAUACUAAAAAAGGAAGAAAAAAAUAAAUGGUGCUCAAUGUUUGUGAUCAUGUGUAAUGUCAAGGUAUUUUUUUGUAUUGUGGUAUUAUUUGAUUGGAACAUUUUGAUGUAAAUAUUGUACUUCAUUUUCAAAUAAUAAAGGUUAUUUUGCCUUUA